GUUUGCCUCAUAGAGGGGCUGGUCACCAGUCUAGGGUUAGCUUAUGGUGAUGCCAAGGAGACUGCUCCGAGAGGCGCCUAAGCAUCCUCUCGUUGCCUUCAUCCACCAACCAUGCAGAGUAUCUGAUUCAGCCACAUCAAUCUUCCAGUUGGAAACUGAGGACGGACACCUUGCCACCUGCCUGCAAGGGGGUUCAACCAUAGUUUACGGCGAAAAGUUCGGAUUGGGGUGGCGUUUUGGGCUACAGUAUGCAAGAGGAAGUUGGGGUUCUGCUAAAGUGAAGGUUUACCUCCAUCACAUCAAUUACUCGUCGGCGACAGACGCCGCCACGGUGACUAUUUGCCCUAAAGAUGGGUCUAAUUCAGAGGCUCCUUCUUUUGACAGCAAGACGAUCUCGAUUGCUGACUUUGGCCAUGGACCUCCCGCACUUCUUGGCUUGUUCUCACUGUCCACUAUUGCUUCACACUCUUACAUGUGGUUUACGGUCACUACGGGAGCAAACUUUGCUCCAGUUAUCGCCGACCCCCUCAUCAAUACUGCGACUGCUCUCAGGCAGUCCAUGAACGACGGUGAAUUCGUCGACACCAAGUACUAUGCCAUGUCCAAGCGGAGGACUUGGAGAUCUUCUGGAGAAACUCGUUUCGUAUAUGCGAAUAAUACAGUUUUAGAGCACGGCGCCGGUAUCGCGCCAGUUCACUCUUGUCGGUGGUUUCUCAUCUUACCUAGUGGGUGAAUGAUAAUGGAACUAUCUUUUAGCAUCUCCCAACGAGAAUUCUUUACUCGUUUACUACCCCACCGAAUCUAGGCUGAUGGGGGACGCCGAGCUACAUCAGGAUCAUGACUUCGACAGCGACAUCGAGGAAGAAGAAAUACAACAAGGAGCGCCUAGUCAACCCCCGCUUUAUUUUAGCCAGAGCUAUUCCCCUGGGGCGGCACCUGCUGAGUCCGAUUUUUCUGAUACCACUUCCGAUAGCAGUGCUCUAAGCUCGGAUUAUGACGACCUCGGCUGGACGGAAUCGGCGGUUACGCGGCCUCUAGGUUUCCGCUCGACGGACACAUUGACCGCUGAGCCGCUGUCUCUACCCGUUUCUCCUACUUAACGAAUGGUGUUAGUUCGAAACACGGCAUUCGCGACGUAAGCUACUGGUACGGCUACUCU